GUUAACUCUCACAGCUGCUUACGCGCGCGUGCAUAUAUAUAAGCCAGCACAUUCUGAUAGUUUCAUCGUAGAUCCGAGAUACAUACAUACAUACAUUACUCGAAGUCGGUGAUUUAGAUCCACCAUGGCACCCAUCAUCGAGUCCGCCGGCGAUACAGGCCGUGAUUUCCCGUCGAAGCUGACCUUGCAGGUGGUCGUUUGUAGCCUCAUCGCAGCCGUGGGUGGGUUCAUGUUCGGCUACGACAUUGGCAUAUCAGGAGGCGUGACAUCUAUGGAUGAUUUUUUGUUGAAGUUUUUCCAUCGUGUUUACGAGAAGAAGCACAGGGCGAGGGAGGACAACUACUGCAAAUUCGAUGACCAGUUGCUCCAACUGUUCACGUCGUCGCUCUACCUGUCGGCUGUGGUGUGCUGCUGGGUCGCCUCCUUCACCUGCAAGCGCUACGGCAGGAAGCGCACCAUGCAGAUGGCCGCCUCAUUCUUCUUCGUCGGCGCUGCCCUUAACGCCGCCGCCGUCAAUCUUCACAUGCUCAUCGCCGGUAGGAUUCUUUUGGGAGCUGGCGUCGGCUUCGGCAACCAGGCAGUGCCCCUCUUCAUAUCGGAAAUCGCCCCGGCAAAGCACCGCGGAAUGCUCAACAUAUGCUUCCAACUGCUGAUCACGGUGGGGAUUCUGGUGGCGAACUUGAUAAACUACUGGACCUCAGGGAUCCCCGGCCACGGCUGGCGGAUCUCCCUCGGCCUGGCCGCCGUCCCCGCGGUGGUGCUCGGGCUGGGCUCCAUUCUCAUCAGCGAGACGCCGACCAGCCUCGUCGAGCGGGGCAGGAAGGAAGAAGGCCUGAAAUCCCUGAGGAGGAUCCGCGGCGUGGACGACGUGCAGAAGGAGUUCGACGAGAUCGUGGAGGCCACCGACGUCGCCAAUCAGAUCAAGCACCCCUUCCGAAACCUGAAGAGGAGAUCGAGCUGGCCGAUGCUCUUCUGCAGCAUAGCUCUGCAGAUAUUCCAACAGUUCACCGGGAUCAACGUGAUCAUGUUCUACGCGCCGGUGCUGUUCCAGACGAUGGGGCUGGGGUCGGACGCGGCGCUGAUGUCGGCCGUGAUCACGGGGUGCAUCAACUCGGCGUCGACCCUGGUGGCGGUGUUCGGGGUGGACAGGUUCGGGAGGAGGAAGCUGCUGAUUCAGGCGGCGGCGCAGAUGCUGGUGUCGCAGGUGAUCGUAGGAGUGAUUCUGCAAGUGUUUCUGAAGGCGAGCAACAGCAUACCGAGAUGGUACGCGUACGUGGUGGUGGCGCUGAUAUGCGUGUUCGUGAUGGGAUUCGCGUGGUCGUGGGGCCCGCUGGGGUGGCUAAUCCCCAGCGAGAUCUUCCCCUUGGAGACGCGCACGGCGGGGUUCUUCUGCGCGGUCAGCACCAACAUGAUCUUCACCUUCAUCAUUGCGCAGGCCUUCCUCACCAUGCUCUGCCAUAUGAAGGCGGCAAUCUUCUUCUUCUUUGCGGCCUGGAUCGUCGUCAUGGGCGCCUUCGCGAUCUUCUUGCUGCCGGAGACAAAGGGGAUUCCCAUUGAUAAGAUGAGUCAGGUCUGGAGCCAGCAUUGGUUCUGGCGGACCUUCUUCGACUCGCUUCCUACCUCCUCUAUUCAACCGCCCACUACCAAUUGAUUACAUUUUUUAAAUUUCUUUAUUUAUUUUUAUAUUCAUCAUUACUGUCUGUCAUCAUUA